AUGGCUGCGGUCUCGCUGUCAUCUGCAGUCGUCCUCUUCUCCCUCACUACCAUCUUUCUUUUCUCCAUCUCAUCAUGGGAAGCUGAGGCUCAUCCAGUAUCUACUUUGAUCAAGAAAAAGCUUUACAACAACUUGUUUCUACACAAGGACGACAAGGCAUGCCCUGCAAAUGACUUCUAUACCUACCGCUCCUUCAUCAAGGCAACCAAAUUCUUCCCGGAAUUCGGCACCACUGGAAGUCUAUCCACCCGAAAGCGCGAGAUUGCAGCAUUUCUUGCUCAGAUCUCUCACGAGACCACGGGAGGGUGGGCUACUGCCCCCGACGGACCAUAUUCGUGGGGUUUGUGCUAUAAAGAGGAAAUCAGUCCGACCAGCAAUUACUGUGAUGAUACCAACAAAGAGUGGCCAUGCUAUCCUGGCAAAUCUUACAAAGGAAGAGGACCAGUUCAAUUAUCUUGGAACUAUAAUUAUGGCCAGGCAGGCAAGGCAUUAGGGUUUGAUGGGCUAAAGAAUCCAGAAUUAGUAGCAAACAGUUCCAUCAUCGCAUUCAAAACGGCUUUAUGGUUCUGGAUGACUGAGCAAAAGCCGAAGCCCUCAUGCCACGAUGUCAUGGCAGGUCGAUAUGCGCAAACGCAAGCUGAUGUGGCGGCGAAUAGGACUACUGGGUUCGGGAUGGUGACGAACAUCAUCAACGGUGAACUCGAGUGCGGAAUAGGUAGCGAUGCACGAGUGAAUGAUCGAAUUGGUUAUUUCAAAAGAUAUGCUAGUCUGUUUAGUGUUCAGACCGGGCCAAAUUUAGAUUGUGAGAAUCAAAAAUCCUUUUAAAAUUUGUGACAGAUUUAUUAGUUAAUUCUAGCUCGCAAGUCUGUUUUAUUUAUGUUACUGUUUUGACA